CCGCGGUCACACUGAUUGCAAUAUUACUGCUCAAUUUCGUAUCAAAAUGCAGCAGAAAAAGUGAAAAAGUAAACAAAAAUCAUAUCAAUUGGGUUGCUUUGAGACCGCACGAUGUCUGGGCAGGGUUUCGGCAGCAGGAACAGGCACAGCAAAAUUUGUAGCACCGCCAACAUGGCGCACCUGCUCCAAUGCUCUUGAUGUUGACGUCAACAAAGUGAAAUUCGAGUGAACGGAAAAGAGAAACAAACACACAACACACACAUAAAAGAAGAAUAGCUGCGACAAAAGAGAAUCGCUAAUUGGAGCGCCGAAAUAACACCACUGGAGCAUACACACAGAACGGGAACGGGAGCGAAAUGUACUCUGAAUGGGCCUCACUGUCGGCCCAGAUUACGGCCAACAGCUGCGGUGCGCAAUGCUUCAGUGUGCUGAACAAAUUCCCAGCCUCGGCUGGACGGGAAGUGGUCGUGUCGGUGGUCAAGCAGCUGGGCACCAAUCUGGGCAUCACACAGAAUGCCGAGCCCAGCCAUUUGGUCAAGGAUGAGGAGGUGAAAUGGUGCAUGGAUGUCAUCUGCUUUGGCCUAUCGCUGCCCCUGCAGGAGCACGAGACCAUCAAGGACUGCGUGAAUGUCUACUGCGAGUGGCUGACGGCGCUGCAUCCGCAGCCGCGCAUCAGUGUGCCGAAGCCCAUAUGCGAGGAUGCCAAUCUGUAUGCACGCCAGAUAAUCAAUCACUUUCACAAUCUGUUUGUGCCGCGCCAGGGCGAAAGUGCCGACACCAUUAAGCGGCAGGCGGUGCUGUGUCAUCGGGUGCUGCGCACACUUCAGCAGACGGCGCAGAUAUCGCAGCUGAUGGAUCGUCAGACGUGGGACACGCUGCUGCUCUUCCUGCUGGCCAUUAACGAGAUUCUACUGGCGCCGCCCACCGUCAAGGAUGAUGUCGGCGAUCAGCUGUGCGAGCGUGUGCUCUCCGUGCUCUUUGAAGUGUGGCUGCUGGCCUGCGUGCGCAGCUUCCCCUCGCCCUCGAUGUGGAAAACGCUGCAGGAGUCGUGCUCCAUGUGGCGGCAUCGCGUGGCCCUGGUCGAUCAAUGGAAUCGUGUCAACUUGGCCCUCACCUCCCGCCUGCUCGAGUUCAGCUAUGGCCCAGCGUUUCCGCAGCUCAAAAAUGCCGACGAGGAUGGCCAGCUGAUACCUGUGGGCAUGUCGAACGAUUGUGUGGCCCAGACAUGGUAUCGCUUCUUGCGCAUGAUCGGAAAUCCCACGGCGCUCUGCUCACCGCACAUCAUCAGCAAAUCGUCGCACUUCGUGCAGUGGGCGCUCACCCACGAGAAGGGCGCUGAGACGCACCAGCAUCCGUGUCUGCAGCAGCUGCCGCAGAUCUUUCUCAACGCCAUGAAGGGCAUCUCCAGCCAGGUGGAUGCGUUUCUGGGCGUUUAUCAGCCGCCGCCACAGCAGACGGAUAAUGUCGUGACAAAUCUAAUGGAGAUACGUCACUCGCUGAACGAGGCCACCUCCUCCACGCUGCAGCAGUUUAUCCACUCGAGCAGCGCUUCGAAUAUAUCUGCGAAUGGCCUGCAGCAGCAGCAGGGCUCCGGUUUGGGCUCCGGCUCCGGAUCCGCCGCGCAGCAACUGCAGCUCCAGCUGCAGCAUCAGCAUCUGCAUCACCAUCACCAUCUUCACUAUCCGCACUUGCAUUUACAUGGCGCUGGCAGCUUCCUGCGCGACAAUUUCAUGAGCAACUCGGCCAGCACUGCCCUGAACGCCAUCAUGGGUCAUCACGGUCAUCAUCAGCAUCCGAAUCAGCUCCAUCAGCAGCAGCAGCAGCAGCAGCAGCUAUCACUCUCCCAUAGUGGAGCCUCGCCGACGUCCAGCGCCAGCGCCUCUGCGGUGGGCAGCACCAGCGCUGGUGGCAGCCACUCGGCCGGAGUCGUUGGCAGCAUAUCCUUUAGCACGGCUGAGGCCAGUCUGGGGACAACAGCUGCCACGAGCACGCCCACACCGCCUCUACAGCGACGAUUGGCCAAGAGUUUUAGCGUGGCGCCCACCAUAACGCAGCAAAAGGGCUUGAGCAAAACCUCGCUUAUCGGCCUCACGGGAGGCGGUGCACGCAAUGCGAUCGGCAGCAGCAGCAACAGCAGCAACAGCAACAACAACAACAGCUACACCCACAGCAGCGGCUCGACGAGCGCUGGCCCAGUCCAAGGCUCGGGUGGUGGUGGUGGUGGUGGUGCCGCCGUUGCCCCUGGCAUUGGCACUGGCAUUGGCCCUGGCUCCGGUUCUGGUUCUGGCACUGGUGGCCAGGCACCAACUCCGGUCUCGGCCGCUGGGGCUGCGGCACCCACAACGCCAACAUCGACAUCGGGUCCGCCCUCGGCGAGCAGCAGCAUCAACUCUCUGCCACUGACAGCGAUGGGAGCCGGCACUGAGCUGGCGGUGGCGCGGCCCAAGUGUAACAGCAUUCUCCACGUAUUCCACGAGUGGCUGUUCGAGGCAGCGCACAUAGGUGGCGAUACCUGGCGCCAGAAUCGCAAGAAGCAGGCAUGCGAGGCUAGCAAGCGGCCAUCGUCGAUGAUCAUGGAGCACCGCAAGGGUUCCAUUUCGCUGUCGCAGCCCAACUCGCUGAACGAUCCCGCCUCACUGCCGCCCACGCUGACCAUCGACAAGUACGAGUCGGGCCGUGCCGAGGCCAUUGGCACACUGUGCAAGAUCUUUUGUGCAAAGAAGACCGGCGAGGAGAUAUUGCCAGUGUAUUUGGCUCGCUUCUACAUGGCCCUGCAGCAGUGCCUCAAGAUCACCGAGUCGAAGGAGUGCGAUGAGACGCUGGCCAGCAUACUGCUGCACUCGGGCGAUCUCUUUCGCCUGGAUCUGGAUGGCAUCAAUGUGCUGCUGCCGGGCUUCAUAGCCGCCCUAGAGAUUGUGCUGCCCGACAAGGAUCUGAAGCUGAAGACACAAUCCAUGGCAUUCAAUCGCACGGAGCUCCGGCGCUCGGCCAUCAACAUAUUGCUGUCGAUAAUGGUGCUGCCACUGCACUAUCAGGCACUGCCCAUCCGUGAUCUGUCCAGCGAGACGAGCGAAAAAAUGUUCACAUUCAUUCAGCUGAAGUCGCGUCUCAUGAACAUUCUGAUGAAUGCGCUGCAGGUGGAAACAGAUGCCCAGAACACACACAUGCUGCUGGGCGGUCUGCUGUUGUGCGUCCAGGAUGCCGUCACCUUCGAGGAAACGGACAUGGGGGGCACGGCCUCCACUCAUAUGCACAGCUCUGGCGGUGCACAGCACCACGAGGCCAAUCUACUCAGCUCGGCUUGCUCGGAGCGUUCCGCCUCGCUGGUCAGCGCUGGCACGGCCAGCUUGGGUGCCCAAACGACGGCCACCAUGGGCGCUGGUUCGGGCUCCAUGCGCGACACGGCCUCGGCCCACGAUUAUCCAAGUUUAACCAUCUCCGAUGACAUGUCAUUUGAGUUUGGCCAAGAGCUGGAAGGCGUGACCACAUAUGAUAAUGCCCAUGCGCUGUUUGUGCGUGCCACGUAUUUGGUCUGCCAUCGGCUCAUCUCGUCGUGGAAAACAGACUUGAAUGUCUCCCUGGCCGCCCUGGAGCUGUUGUCCGGCUUGGCCAGGCUGCAUAUACGCGAAACAGACACAUUAGUGAAAAUCUAUGAAGCUAGUCAGAAUCUAACGAUAAUCUCCUCAGACGCUCUAGAGUGCAAGCGCGCCGUCAAGUGGAUAUGCGACUACAUAUGCUAUCAGUGCUCGAGGCCACCGCCGGCGCACAGCAAGGAUCUGCAUAGCACAAUUGUGGCUGCGUUUCAGUGCACCGCCGCCUGGCUGAUGCAGCAUCCGUAUUUGCUGCAGGACAAGGACUGCCUGCAGACGGUGCUCGAGGUGGUUGAGCUGGGCAUAUCGGGCACCAAGAGUCAGAGCAAAAGCGGCGAUAUACCCAAGUUCAAGGAUGAGAAGGAACUGAAGCCGGCCUCCAUGCGGGUGCGAGAUGCGGCCGAGAAUCUGCUCACCAUCAUCCUCGAACAGGUUGGCUAUUUUCCCAGCGAAUGUGGCCCCGAGUCCAUAUCAUCGCUGCUCGAUGAACUGGCCCUGAUGAAGCACUGCAACUCGAUGGUGCCAGCGGCGGCGGCCAGCACCGAGCAGGCCAUUGCCAAGUUCAAGUAUUUUGUGACGGAAAACUCGACCAUUUUGGCACUGCUCGAGGAGCCGCUGGGCAAUGAUCAGGAUCCGCAGCCAACAGUGACACUGCUGAUCCGUGGACCAUUUGGCCGACAUGCGUGGACCAUGCAGCUGCGACACUUGCCACGCAGCAAGUCGGGCAUCAAGUACCAUGCCAUCAAUCCCGGCCGUCCCAUACCCAUGAACGAUGUUAGCCAGCGGCCCGAGUGCGAGCAAAAGAACUUCCCGGACGGCGUGGACAAGGUGCAGCCGUGCGUGGCCGACUAUUCCAUACCCACCAUCGAUCAGAUACGCGAGCAGUAUGGUUCCGCCAGUAUACGGGAGCUGGAGGCGCUGCUCGAGAACCAGAGCAUACACGAGAAGCUGGCCUGGGCGGAGGCGGACAACAGUGUGGACAGUCUGUCGCAUUCGCAGGAGUGCGUGCCGCCGUUGGUGUGCCAAGAGUUUCAUGCCGCACGGCUAUUCCUUUCGCAUUUCGGUUUUCUCACCUUCGAGACACGCAAUCCGCACAAUCCAGCCGAGGCGCUGGGCACACCGCCCCAGCGACCGCUCAUCGUGCUGGACACAAAGUCGACGGCAUUUGCCGCCGAUCUGGAUCGACUGGACAAGCUCAGUGCCCGCACCCACGAUACCGUCUAUGUGUUCUACGUUAAGACGGGUCAGACGAGUGCCCAGCAAAUAAUUGGCAAUAUGGUCGAGGAGACGAGCCACACUUAUGAUCCGCAUUUUGCCGGCAUGCUGCAGACCCUCGGCUGGCCGGUGCUGGUUGCCGAUCACUCGGGCUGGACGGGCUUUGCCCACAACUCCUGGUCGCUAAAGGGAACGCCAGAGGAGCAGCAACAGCAGCUGCAGCUGAAAUCCAAUGUGCCCAGCGAGCUCAAUUACAAUGGAUCACAGCGUGUGCUCUAUUGGGCGGAUGUCUCGUCGGAGAUUGCGUUCGUGGUGCCGACAACGUGGAAUCUUCGCUACAACAGCGACACGAGCGAUGGCGGCAGUCUCUCCGGCAGCGAUCAGCUUGGCACGAGCAAUGUUUGGGCACGUUGCGAGUCGGAGGCAGGAACUGGUGCAGCCAAGUCAAAGCCGCGUAAUCUCAGCUUGGAAUUGGACACGAGCACGGGCACUGGGCGCAGCCAAAAGGAUCCUGUGCCACCAACGCGUCGCAAGGGGAACGUAACCAAGCCGACGCUGCUCGCACAGGCUCCGGCCAAGAUCUUCCUCGUGUGGCUGGAGAGCUACGAGGACUACCUGAACUUCCCGCUCGAGGAUCUGCUCGCCUACACACGCACCGGCGAGGAGCUGCACUCGCUGCAGCAGCCCCGGGCCGCUGACUGUCAUGUGAUCUUCGUGCACUCGUUGCUGUCGGGACUGUUAAGGGUCAAGCUGCAGGGCCCGCCCGGUCGCAUGAGCUUUGCCACGCCCCUAGUCGAUGGCAUGGUGCUGAGUCGACGCGUCGUUGGCAAUCUGGUGCGUCAGACGGCCCUAAACAUAUCCCGCAGACGGCGACUGGACAACGAUAACUAUCAACCGCCGCAUGUGCGACGCCGCUUGAAGGUGCAGGACAUUGUCCAGAAGUACAAAAUGGAUUUGAGCGAGGCCGAGCUGCUGGCCCAUCUGUUUCAGCGUGCAAUUUAGCCGGUCGUUGGCAACACAAGUAUUUACUAAACCUAGAAUUAAGAACACCACCAAAAUGGCCUGUCCAUGCCUGUAUUAUCGUGUGCUUAACUAAAAUCUACCAAUCAUUCUACCCGAUUCCCGAACCAAGGGGCAAACGGUAUGGGAUUCACUGCAAGGCUCCCCAAGUAUCGAUAUCGAUGACUAUAUCGAUGACUCUUGCAGCUAUUCUAAUUUGUAUUUAUAUAUUUUUUUUUACUAAUAAAUCGAAUUAUUAUACUUUUUAAAAGUAUAAGCAGCGUUGUACUUAAA